CUGAUAGUGUUACAGCCCCGGGUGGGGACUUUAUGAUCACGCAGGGAAGUACAUGUCUGGCUCUUUGUCUUCUGCUUUUUGUGACAAAGGAAUUCCCAUUUGAAUCGCUGUGCUCCGUUCAAGCCCCCUCCAAGCCUCUGGGUUAGCAGCAGUCAGUCUUUGCAGUGUCCUGACGUCAUCCAGUGUAUGCAUAAGCUGUGCUAUUGUCUUACGGAGAGCAGGGGCUGGGGAUUGCAGUAUCUGGUGGCUGCUACCUAUUUAUGCCGGCCGGUAUCACGGAAAGGACGCCGGCCUGCCUUUAUCACUUGGAUUUAAAACAGAAGCUCCUGCCUUUUGCUUCCUGAAGAAGGACCUUUGCUGCGGUUGCAAGGAAAAGCUGUCUGCGGUGUGGAGCAGAGGAGGGGAGUGGAGGAGAGAGGAGAAUCUGGCAGCUUGGAUAGCCUGGACUGCAUUGUCUGGCUUCAUGACCCCUGCUGUGUAGCACUCUCAUCCCUACUCUCAUACGCUCCCUCUGUCUUCCACUCUUUUUUCUUCUUUCCUCUUUAAAAUAGCAGCAUCUGGGGCCAGCCAUGUUUGGCACUGAAUCUUCAUUGAGUAUGUUUUUGAACACAUUAACCCCCAAGUUCUAUGUUGCCCUGACAGGCACUUCCUCAUUAAUCUCUGGACUUAUUUUGAUCUUCGAGUGGUGGUACUUCCGCAAGUACGGCACCUCCUUCAUCGAGCAGGUCUCGGUGAGCCACCUGCGACCCCUGCUGGGCGGGGUGGACAACAGCGCGCCCAGCGCCGCCAGCGCCGCCAACGGGGACGCGGACUCCAGCCGGCAGAGCGUGUCAGAAUGCAAAGUCUGGCGAAAUCCUUUAAAUCUGUUCAGAGGAGCGGAAUAUAAUCGGUAUACAUGGGUGACAGGGAGAGAACCUUUGACUUACUACGAUAUGAAUCUUUCAGCACAGGACCAUCAGACAUUCUUCACAUGUGACACGGAUCAUUUACGGCCUGCAGAUGCUAUAAUGCAAAAAGCCUGGAGAGAGAGAAACCCUCAAGCCCGAAUUUCUGCAGCACAUGAAGCUUUGGAAUUGAAUGAGUGUGCUACUGCCUAUAUUCUCUUGGCUGAAGAGGAAGCAACAACAAUUGUAGAAGCAGAGAAGCUGUUCAAGCAAGCUCUGAAAGCUGGAGAGGGCUGCUACAGGCGCAGUCAGCAGUUACAGCACCAUGGUGCCCAGUAUGAAGCCCAACACAGAAGGGACACCAAUGUGUUAGUUUAUAUUAAAAGGAGGCUGGCAAUGUGUGCAAGGAAGCUGGGAAGGACCAGGGAAGCAGUGAAAAUGAUGAGAGAUCUGAUGAAGGAGUUUCCUCUACUGAGCAUGUUUAACAUCCAUGAAAACCUGCUAGAGGCUUUGUUGGAACUGCAAGCAUAUGCAGACGUCCAGGCAGUUUUAGCAAAGUAUGAUGAUAUAAGCUUACCAAAAUCAGCAACAAUAUGUUACACAGCUGCACUGCUCAAAGCCAGAGCUGUCUCUGACAAAUUUUCUCCAGAGGCUGCCUCAAGGCGAGGGCUGAGUACUGCAGAGAUGAAUGCAGUAGAAGCUAUUCACAGAGCAGUAGAAUUUAAUCCACAUGUGCCAAAAUAUCUUCUAGAAAUGAAAAGCUUAAUUCUGCCCCCUGAACAUAUUCUGAAGAGAGGGGACAGUGAAGCAAUAGCAUAUGCUUUCUUUCAUCUUCAACACUGGAAAAGAGUAGAGGGGGCAUUGAAUCUCUUACACUGUACAUGGGAAGGCACUUUCAGAAUGAUCCCUUAUCCACUGGAAAAAGGACAUCUUUUCUACCCUUACCCUAUUUGUACAGAAACUGCAGAUAGAGAACUACUACCAUCAUUUCAUGAAGUUUCAGUUUACCCCAAGAAGGAGCUUCCCUUCUUCAUCCUCUUCACUGCUGGACUGUGUUCUUUCACAGCCAUGCUAGCCCUCCUGACACAUCAGUUCCCAGAGCUUAUGGGGGUCUUCGCAAAAGCUUUCCUCAGCACCCUCUUUGCCCCUCUAAAUUUUGUGAUGGAAAAAGUAGAAAGUAUCCUGCCCUCCAGCCUGUGGCACCAGCUGACGAGGAUCUGAGGGAGCACGCCUGCUGACUGACUGCCAUGACAUCUUCUGUGCCAACGUUUUGUUGACCACAAGAAAGCAUGAUAAAAAAGGGAAGCAGUUCUAAGACUUAAAAACUCUUCAUGGAUUGUCUGUUCUCAUAUAAAAACUGUUUUGUUGUACAAAAUACAUUGAUGUUAGGUUCUAUUAUAUUUUGCCUUCAGAAAAGAAAAACUUAAAAAUAAACUUUUGUGUAUUGCA